GGCCUCUGCCCUGCGGUCCCGGGCUGGUGACUGGUUAGCGGUUGGAGGAAGGGAUGUGGGGGAUGGUGGGUGGGUACACAGAGCUAGGAGGGAGGCACCCCGGGGGGCGGGGCGUGGGAGACUGUCUUCGGGGGCGCGAGCUGCCCCAGUAAGUGGAAAUGUUUUCUAACAUAUGAAAACCUACAGAAGAAGAAAAUAAUUUUCUGGAUCAAAUUAGAAGUCUGUAUUAUAUUGAUGACUCCAGAUUCAAAUCUAUUAGAAAGCAGCAGUGGAGACAGCCAUCUUCAUCUUUGGGAGAAAUAACUAAAGCCCACCUCAAGCAUUAGAACUGCAAACAAACCCUGAUGCGACCUCUCCAGAUUGUCCCAAGUCGAUUGAUUUCCCAGCUAUAUUGUGGCCUGAAGCCUCCAGCCUCCACACGAAACCAGAUUUGCCUGAAAAUGGCUCGGCCAAGUUCAAGUAUGGCAGAUUUUCGGAAGCUUUUUGCGAAAGCAAAGCACAUAGUCAUCAUGUCAGGUGCCGGUGUUAGUGCAGAAAGUGGUGUUCCGACUUUCAGAGGAGCUGGAGGUUAUUGGAGAAAAUGGCAAGCCCAGGACCUGGCGACUCCCCUGGCCUUUGCCCACAACCCGUCCCGGGUGUGGGAGUUCUACCACUACCGGCGGGAGGUCAUGGGGAGCAAGGAGCCCAACGCCGGGCACCGCGCCAUAGCUGAGUGUGAGACCCGGCUGGGCAAGCAGGGCCGGCGAGUCGUGGUCAUCACCCAGAACAUCGAUGAGCUGCACCGCAAGGCUGGCACCAAGAACCUUCUGGAGAUCCAUGGUAGCUUAUUUAAAACUCGAUGUACCUCUUGUGGAGUUGUGGCUGAGAAUUACAAGAGUCCAAUUUGUCCAGCUUUAUCAGGAAAAGGUGCUCCAGAACCUGGAACUCAGGAUGCCAGCAUCCCAAUUGAGAAACUUCCCCGGUGUGAAGAGGCAGGCUGCGGGGGCUUGCUGCGACCUCACGUCGUGUGGUUUGGAGAAAACUUGGAUCCUGCCAUUCUGGAGGAGGUUGACAGAGAGCUCGCCCACUGUGAUUUAUGUCUAGUGGUGGGCACUUCCUCUGUGGUGUACCCAGCAGCCAUGUUUGCCCCCCAGGUGGCUGCCAGGGGCGUGCCAGUGGCUGAAUUUAACACGGAGACCACCCCAGCUACGAACAGAUUCAGGUACUGGGAUACCGUGAUGGGAGAGGGAGAUGUGGGAGGCAGGUACAGACAUGGUCAUCUAAACAUAGUUGACUUACUCCUCUAAUUUUUAAAAAAGACAUAGGGUUUGUGUUUUUUUGUUUGAUCUGCAGUUGCUUUUAUGGAAGAACAAAAUCAUUCACUGUAGACUAAGGUAGGGGAGCUCUGUCAUUGUACGCGAAAUUUGCCGUGGGACUUUUGUUUGUUCACAUUUUGAAAGCUCUUCUUUGAUUCCUUAGGCUUUGCUUUCCCUUACAUUUUUAAGCUAGACUUAGUGAUGGCCUUUAGUUGUAGGUUACCCAAAUGCUCCGCAAGUAAGCCUGGGAGACGCCCUUGCAGAACCUCAUCACCUGCCGUUCUCAGUGGGAGGCCACCUGGCAGAUUGCCCUUUGGUCUAAUUGCCAAGGUUAUUUGUAUCUGUGGCCAUAUUAUGACACUGAUCCGGCUUCCCAAGUUUGGGUGGGAAGUGUAGAUUGUCAUAGUAUGCAUUUUUAGUCUUAUUCCUGGGUCUGUUUUAUUUCUUCACCCUUGUUCUGUCUUUUUUCUCACCCCAAAUUUUUUUUGCCUUUACCUCUAAUUCUUGUCCAUCUAGUUAAUUCCUUUUGAAUAAGUUAGAAUAUAAAUAAGUAGUAAAUUAAUAUAAAUGAAUAAAAUAGAAAACUUCAUUGAAGCAUUUUGUCAUUACUUUAAUCAACAGUUUCCAACCUUGGCUGCAUAUUUUAAAAAUACUGAUGCCUGGGUGCCCCCUCAUGAAAUUUCGAUGUCAUUGCUCUGAGUUGCAGCCCAGACAUCAUCAUUUUGAUAAGCUUCCUAGGUGAUUCCAGUGUGCAGCCAGGAUAGGAACCACUCUUCAGAGUCUUUGCUGGGAUUUAAAAAAAAAAAGAAAAAAGAAAAGGGGCCACAGACACUUCAGUAGGCCCCUUCUCAGGUGAGUGAACUGGCUCUGGGCCUCUUCUUUUCCAUGUGUCUUUUUGAUCAGCUACAGCCUGUGUUCUUGAUCCAUAGUUCUUCAUUUGUGUGUUGAGUAGUAGGAACUAAGAAGAUAGCCUUAAAAAAAAAUUGCCUCCUAUGCAAAACUUAUACUUUGAAAACUACAGAACAUUAUUGAAAGAAAUAAGGAAGGCCUAAAUGAAUGGAAACAUAUCCAAUGUUCAUGGAUUGGAUUGGACAACUUAAUAUGAUUAAGAUGGCAAUGCUCCCCAAAUUGAUCUAUGGGCUCAAUCAACUCAGUCCCUAUCAAAAUCACAACCGGCUUUUUACAGCAAUUAAUUGAAAAGAUUAAUCUAAAAUUCAUAUGAAAAUGCAAGGGACCCAAAAUAGCCAAAACAAAAUGAAAAAUUAAGUUGGAGAACUCAUACUUCCCAAUUUCAAAACUUACUAUAUAUUAGCUAGGCAUGGUGGCACAUGCCUGUAAUCCCAGCUACUUGGGAGGCUGAGGCAGGAGAAUCGCUUGAACUUGGGAGGGGGAGGUUGCAGUGAGCUGAGAUUGCGCCAUUGCACUCCAGCCUGGGCAACAAGAGCAAAACUCCGUCUCAAAAAAAAAAAAAAAAAAAAAACUUACUACAAAGUUGCAGUAAUCAAGACAGUGUGGCACUGGCAUAGGAUAGAUAUAUAGAAUCAGUGGAGUAGAAUUGAGAGUCCAGUAAAAAACAAAACAAAACAGAACAAUAAAACAAACCUCACAUUCAUGGUCAAUUGAUUUUUGAAAAGAGUGGCAAGACAAUUUGAUGAAAUACAGUCUUUUUCAAGAAAUAGUGCUGGAUACCCACAUGCAAAAGAAUAAGCUUGGACCCCUCUGUCACACCAUUACAAAAAAUAACCCAAAAUGGAUCAUAGACCUAAAUGUAAGAGCUAAAAGUAUAAAAUAUCAAAAGAAAA